AUUAGCACGAGCUCGAACGGCGACAUUGCAGAAUGGGAGCUUUUCGUGCUGGUUCAAUCUGGUACAGGCGAUGACAACGACGUCCACAAAACCCCUUGCUCCUCCUUUCCGUCCCGGUCCGUCUGGGAGACUAAUCAGAAGAGUGUCGUCGGCGGGAGUGGGCGAAGACGCCCUGUUUCCCACUUUUCAUACUGCCCCACUCCGGUCGUGGGUGCAGUCAACUCCCCACGAGGCGGGCGUCCAAAAAUGUCGGGAGUGGUCGGUCUGGCCGAAUCGCCUCAAGAGUCCGGUACUAUUUAGCCCCGGUCAAAGUCGUCCGAAAAUAAUUUCUGCCUAA